AUGACCGCAGCAGAUUUUUCCAGAGUAUCGACUCGAACCCCAUCCUCCCCAUCACAUCCUGUUCUUUCUCGAGGUCUCGGCGACUUGCGCAAUGUUUCACGCAAACCCUGGUCUAAGUCUGCAGAUGAUCUCGGAAAAUUCACCUCCCAACUCUCGACUCCUCCCCUUACUCCCAUUGAUACAUCUUUCCAGGGCAGAAUUAAGCAAUAUAGGAACAAUCGCUCAGACAGCUUCGGAAGCAUGAACACCAUACCCUCGCCAGCCGGCCCUCCAGCAGCCUCGUCGCAGAAGCACUUCCCGUUUCCUGUUAUCGCAGCUUCUGAAUCGCUUUCCUCAUCUCCACCUUCACGAUCCGCUAUGCCACCUCCAGCGCCGUCACCUGGUGGCUCCAGCAGUGGAUCACUGACACCCAUCGGUCCCAAUACUGGUUCCCAUGUCCAUGUACGCUCUCACUCAUUUACACCACGCCUUCCGUCGAAGCUGUCGGCUCCAAAGAUCGCUCUAGUCCCACCUAGUCCGAAGAGGAAAGGAUCGUCGUCUUCUGACCGUGAAUCGGAUAGAGAACGCGACAAAACGACAUCUGGUGGAGCAGCCAUCAGCUCUCCCAGCAGAUCCCCUUUCCCUUUCAGUCUCAGCGGCGGUGGAAAUGCCUACAAGGCCACUUCUCCCUUCAAUCCCACCAACGCGGAUUCUUUUGGUCACCCACCAUCCUCUUCUAAAUCUCUGGCUCCACCCACAAUUGUCGAGCCAGAAAAUGACGGAUUGGAUCCGAAGAGGAAACGUACGUCUCAAGUGGUGUAUCAUUCCGGAUUCGUGAACCGCCUGGUAGACUUCUCGCCAUCUGGAAUGAAUGCACGCGCCAAUCAUGCGUACAUGGCCGGCGGUGUAACCCCGUCAUUUUCAAGGGGUUGGAAACCGUUCAAGUUAGUGCUGAAGGGAUCCAAGUUAUAUUUCUAUAAACCUCCGAGCGAUCGUAGUGCCGCUGUGAAGGAGUUAUUUCCGACGGAGCUAGUCGCCGUGUUAGAAGACGAGACGUUGACUGACACGGAGGCGGAACCGAACGAUGUCGAUGUCGAGGAUCAAGAAAGAGGUGGAAAGGGAAAGGAGAGAGAGGAAACGAGAAGGAGAAGAGCCUACUGGGGUCGCAGUACUCACCCAUCCUUGGUUGUUGGCGCGACGAUUGAACGGGGGACCUUUGAAGCGCUUAUUCACGAGGCCGUCUUUGCGACGACGUUUGCAAACCCCUCCCAGCAAGCAUCCCAAUCUUCUGCUGAACAUCGGGAGACGGAACCAGAUGCAGACUGGGAAGAUGCUGUGGAAAAACCACAGAAUACUUCGCGAUACAGACCGGAGUGGCGAAAUUACUCGUCAGCGGCCCUGCUCUGCCUUCCGGCUCUUGUAGAUCGGCAGGCCUUUGAGACAGAGUUCAUGCGUUGUUGCGCGUAUCUCGUGAGCGGAACUAACGAUGAUGCAAAGGUGGAAGAAUGCGCCAGGGUGCGCUGGUUAGCGACCACUUACCUGAAGUACUAUGGAAAGCCUCUCGACGCCGAUGCCUGGGAGAAGUGGCGGGCUGACACGAUGUCCGACUCCGAAGUGGAUGACGGCCCUCGCAUUUCAGGUCUUCCGCAGUCUUCGUCCAUGCAAGGGUUGUAUGCGCUGUCGCCUCAAAUGUUCACUUCACCGCAGACUAAAGGCCAAGAGUUCUCACCGAACGUAGGAAUGUUCUCGCCCCGGCCAGAAGGAGACAGCAGGCUGAUGUCUCUUGUGGACGCGCUGGCUGAGCCUCCUCAAUCUGCUACUAGUCACUCUGUGACGACAACCCAUCCCACAACUCAAUCGACGAAAACGUUGUGGAAUAUCCUGGAGCGUGACGGUUUGUCCAGGGAUGUGCUUAUUGGCCUAGAUCCCCACUUGGUCUCACGCAGUCUCUUACUGUACCAGAAGAGACUGCUCAGGAAUAUACCCGAUAACUUCACUGCUGAUCUUUGUCUUGGGCCUGAAGAGAUUGAUGUUCAGGGCACCGUCACUUCUGACCCAACUCCAAGCCUUGCACCAUUUUAUGGAAGUGAAGAACUGCCACACUGGCUUACUAGACUGAUAUUGAUCCAAAUUCUUGUCCCGGAAUCUCAUGCAAGCUCAACUUCCUAUGGCGGCACUGUGUCGCAUGUGCCCGAUAUGCCAACCUCUCGUACGCACUCUCGUUCCGAACUUGUUUCCGCGUGGGCGAGAAUUGGCGAGGCGUGCCGUCGGUCCGGAAACGAAUGUUCUUGGCGUGCAAUCAUGGCUGCGUUAUGCUCUCGCCCUGUCGCUCGAUUGGAGAAAGUGUGGAAGCGCGUAGAUGUUGAAGCUUUUUCCCUAGUGCAGUCAUGGGUGCGGCCUUGUGAAACAGGCGAAACUAUGCAUGUUGAGGAGCCAAAGGUGGUGCCAUGGGCUGGUGACGUCAGACGCCUCCUGAAGGAGUGUCUAGAGAGAUCCAGGACUGCUGAUUGCAGCGAAUGGCAAGUCGACCCGCUCAUUGAGGCCCGCGAGAGAUUCGAAGCAUUUCGGACGGAAUUUUCGUUGUGCGGCGGGGGCAACGCUGAACCAGGGCCAGUCGAGGACACGGAUGACGUCGAAGCAUUGGUGGAGCAGUGGAAGAACUCAUGUGAUACUGAGGCCGUUAGAUCUGUGGCUUCGAAGUUCAUCAGAAUUGACCAGUUCAUGUCGCUGUCUCUCGCCGCUGAACCCCGGCGUAAGGGUCUCUUCGAGCCGUACUACUGGACACGACCUGCCGCUCAGCAACUGAAUCAUUCGUUGGCUGCAUUGCUAUUUCCCGAGCCGUUGCCGACGUCAUCCCUCAUCAACCGAGAACUCGCCUCACGUGGCCGCUUGGAGAGCAAUGCGUCCACUCUCAACGUACAGGAUUUACAGUAUCUGCGCGAAGUACGACUGAAGUCCUGCAAUGAUAGCGUGGAGCCCGCUAAGCCGAACAGCCUCGAUCUCGGCGGCACUAUUCUACCUGUCUUCAAUGGCGAACUUCUUCUCCUUGUUCAACCAGGUGCAGAUACCGUACCAUGUUCGCGCCCUGGUUCACGAACUGCGUCGCGUCCUCCCAGCUCCGUCGUAGAUCAUGCGCCCCCGGAGAAGACAAUUGGGCGUACACCGUCGAUGAGAGUGACACCUGGCUCCUCUCAUGUAUUGGAACGGAAACCAAGUGUCAUCCGUCGCAAUUCUCUGCCUUCAAUGUCUCAGAGAACAAGCCUUGUGGUUAGCGAAGUAAGCUCCGAAAGACCUCUUCGUGUCGUAGUGCAGGCUGGUACCCUUGAUCGUCUUGUGGACGUACUUGCACAUGGUCUUCAAGGCAUAUCCGUCUCUGUCGCAGAUGAUAAUGGCGAGAUGCCGCUAAAUGACAAGAAGGUAAGGGAAGUUAAAGUCGAUAUGGACGACUUCUUCCAAGUCUGGUGGAACGUGUUUCGCAGCUUUGUGACGCCACAGGUCUUAUUCGAGUUGUUGCGAAAGCAAUAUAUUGGUGCGCAUCUCGGUGCCACCCCUUCAGCUGCGGAAGUAUCUCGCGUUGUGAAAAUUCGUUCGGAGAUACUGGAGACCAUGAACGAAUGGAUCAACCGGGGCGGUGGAGCUCAAGAUGCCUUGGAUGACGUCCACCUUUUCAAUUCGUUUGACAGUUUCUUCAGGCACUCCCCAGAUCAUGCUCUCCCAAGCUCGACUAAUGUUCCCAACUUUCCGCAAGCGCUCAACUUCCUUGACCAGAUCAGGAAGAAUGUGCAACUAUCUUUCACUUCCCAAACCAUGAGACCAUUGGCUUCCAUCCUCCCCAUAUCCGAGAGUUCUAUGAAUGGCCUGGGUAUCCGAAGUUUCAGUUCUGAACCUCCGGAGAUUGAUCAAAUCGACCCGGAAGAAUUGGUCAACAACCUGGAUGCGAUGGUAUCAGCUGCUUUUCGUAACGUUAGCGAAGAGGACCUGUUUGUUACUGCCGAUCUGCUCGAGAUUCAGUCUGCAGACCGCACUGGAUGGUUCCUUCCUCGUGAUCCCAGUUCUAUCGCAGACGAAGUGGAGAUUCAGUUCAUGGACGCCUACAUCAUGGAGAUAGAACCAUCGUCACUCAUCUCUGAGAUGUCUCAAGAUUGCCUUUACCGCUUGCUUCCCCCUUCCAUCCGAAGUUGCAUCAGAGCAUUCGGUAUACUCCGUAAAUGGCUACUGUCCAAACUGAUAACCCCCAAGUUGGGUCUUCGCGCGAGACAUGCAAGGAUGGAAUUGAUAAUGCAAGCCAUUGAGGUCUGUCGCCUCCGUAGCGAGUCUGGCCCAUCACAUCUCCCGCUUCCGGACCGUCCUUGCACCCGAACCUUCGUGGAAGCAAUCCUCACGUCAGCCGUCCUCAGCGUUGAGAGUCGCAUGUAUCAACGUGCGUGGCAAAUUGUUGCCUCUGCACGCGGCACUUCAUGCGACACGUUGUACGCUUUGUUGAAUAAACCGGCUAUCACGUCUAUUACAUCACGAGGUAGCCUUGUCGUGGACGUAGGAUGGGUCUUGGACAAGAUGCUGGAAAUCAUCAGCACCCCCGAUAUCUUAGAGUCCACGAACCAGGAGUCCGUGGGUCUGGUAAACUUUGACAAACGCAGGUCUCUGCAUACUCUCAUCAAGACUACUGCAGGACCUAUAGCAAAACGCAGGAAUCGGCGACACAAUGUGGACCGGCACGACUUUGAACGCUUGAAUCGCAUCGAGAAAGAGAUGAAUUCCACGCAUUUUGACUUCCGGGUCAUCCGCGAAGAGGCCCAUCGUGAAGCUACGCAAGCUGGCCCUCCUGGAUCGUCGAUCCCAAAACGAAUUCAACGUCCCUUCCAUGGUUUGGUUUCUCUUCAACAAGAGAAGAACAAGCGAGACAGGUACCUGAAAGAUCGACUAAGCAGAGAGAAACGACUAGAACAGCAGCGGAACGACAAGCGGGAAGAAUAUCUCAACAAGGCGAUGAACACUAGACGACAAUUUACAUCGGUCCAAAAGCAACACCGGAACAAGAAGAGUAUGUCAUCUGCGUUCUUCCAACUGAUGCGGCCAAUUUCGAGUGCAUUCUCGUCUGAGAGCGUGUCGGCCAUGUCCAAACGAACACCAGCCGAGCUAGACUUCACUCCAGCGCAGAAGCCUUCGUUGGUAUUGAGCGUUGUUGAUGCACGAGUAUCUCACUUCGUCAACAAUGAGCGCUCGUUUACGUUCCAACUCGACACCGACGAUGGAGGGCACUGCUUGCUGCAAGCUAUUGGUAAACCAGAGAUGAAGAAGUGGAUGGACACCAUCCAGCAUGUAUCGAAGACGGCUGCCAAGCGUCGCUUGACUUACUUAGGGCAAAAUUCUAAGAUGCAACUUUCGGAUCAUCUCUUAAGUAAACCUGCAACAGCGUCUAGAGAUCCUGUGGCUGUAUUUGGAGUCGAACUCGAGUUUCUGCUCGAGCGAGAAGCUCCAGACUGUGAAGUACAGCCUGGUGCUAUCCCAUCUGUCAUCGAGCGUCUGAUCUGUGAAGUGGAAAGCCGGGGUCUUACCGAGAUAGGCAUAUAUCGUAUCGCUGGUGCCCAUUCUGAAGUCAAUGCUUGCAGAGACGCCUUGAACAGAGGCGAAUGGCCCAUCAGUGAAUCUACGGACGUUCACGCUGUGUGCGAUCUUGUCAAAUCGUGGUUCCGGGUUCUCCCUGGUGGGGUCUUUCCAUCAGCCUCCUACAGCGAGAUUCUGUCAGCUGCCGCGCUCGACGGUGUCGACCUCGAUACACGACUGUCACAUAUCCGCAAAGUUGUGCAUGGACUUCCUGAUCCGAAUUUCGACCUUCUCAGGCGGAUUGUUGAACAUCUAGAGAAGGUGACUGAUUUCGAAGAGAACAACCAAAUGACCGCCGAAUCCCUUGCGACUGUGUUCAGUCCCAACUUCUUACGUUCACCUAACAACGACCUGGGGGCAUUUUUUGCAAACAUGAGUGCUGCGCAUCGCGUCACGAAAUUGCUCAUAGCACAUUUCCAUAUGAUUUUCGACACCGAUGUCGAUCAAGAUCACGAAGCUGAGCUUGAUCAUGAUCAAGACGAGUAUGAUUUCGAAGAGCCCAUCCCAGAGGAGGAUGAAGAUAUGGACAUAGUCCCAGACCCUCCUGAGAAAGACAGCAUACCAUUGGAUCCUCCCGUCCUCGACGCAGAACUCAGCAACCCACUGACAUUCCCAUUCCCUGUAUCGUCAUAG